UACUGCAUUUAACAAAACAGAGGUAACACUAUUCUUUCAAAAUCUUGAAAAAGUAAUGGAAAAAUAUAAAUUUACUCCAGCUAAUAUUUAUAAUAUGGACGAGACAGGGAUUAGUACAGUACAGGAUCCAGGCAAAAUUAUUGCUCCAAAAGGUCAGAAAAGAGUGGGCUCUAUUACUAGUUGGGAAAGAGGAAAGAAUGUAACAGUAAUCUGUGCAAUGAGUUCAUCUGGAACAUUUAUUCCACCAACUUUCAUUUUUCCUAGGAAAAGGAUGAGCAAUCAGUUAACUAAAAAUGGUCCUCCUGGAGCAUUAUAUCAAUGCACAAAAAAUGGUUGGACAAAUGAAGAAGUUUUUCUUGAAUGGCUCAAACAUUUCAAUUAUCAUGCAAAACCAUCUCAAGAAUAUCCUGUUUUAUUAAUAUUAGAUAACCACAACAGUCAUAUUUCCAUGGCAGCCUAUGAAUUUUGCAGAUCAAAACAUAUUGUUAUGUUAUCAUUACCACCGCAUACUUCCCAUAGACUACAGCCAUUAGAUGUUAGUUUUUUUGGUCCACUAAAAGCUGCAUUUAAAAGAGAGUGUGACUUAUAUAUUAAAUCACAUUGUCUAGUAAAAAUAACACCAUAUGACUUAGCAGAGUUAUUUAAUAAAGCUUAUUCUUGUGUAGCUACAAUACAGAAAGGGAUUUCAGGGUUUGCUUCAACGGGCAUUGUGCCAAUGAAUCCUAAUAUUUUCACCGAUGAAGAUUAUUUUGCUGCUGCCACUUUAAAUUGUAAUGAUCCAAUUAAUGUAAUUAAAACCCCUAAUACUUCAAACUCAACUCCUCAAUCUUCUAAAAAUGCUUGUGAUUCUCUUGUUUCACCUCAAAUAUCUCAAAGCCUGGUUAGUAUUGAAGAAUUAACACCAAUUCCUAAAAAAAUGCCAAUAAAAAUGGUGAGAAGGGUAGCUGCUAAACAGCACUCCACUUUGAUAACAGGUACUCCCAUGAAAGUUAAACUGCAAGAAAGAGAAAAAAAAGAAAAGAAAAGUUAACAAAAGCAGAAGCAAAACUUCAAAAAAUAGGAAAUUCUAAACCUAAAUGUAUGUAAAUAUAGUUUGGUAGUAAGAAUAAAAUAUUGUUUACAUUUUAUUUUUGUAUUUUUUUAGGUACAAAAAAAGAUAAAAUCACAAAACGAAACCUUAUUGAUGAAUUUGUAAAUGAUUCAAAACACAAAUCUAAAAACAAAAAAAUCACUGCAAAAAGACUUUUUGAUGAAUCAAGUGAUGAUGAAAGUGUUGAUAUAAUGGAGAUAUGCGAUGAUGAUGAUGAUGACAACAUCAAUGAUGGCAGUGAAGUAUGUUUAAUUUGUGAAGAGUAUGGUAAAAAUGAAGUUUGGUAUCGGUGCACUAGUUGUGGGUUUUGGGUACACGCUGAUUGCAGCGAUGCAGAUUCACCAGAAGGCUAAAUUUGUGAUAUAUGUAAUCGGCAUAUAAGAAAGACUGAAAUGAAUAAUUAAGUUCCUGAUAUUUGUAUAUUAAACUAUACCAAAGUGUUAACUAGUAUUUGUUAUUAUUAAUAGUUAAAUUUGAUGAAAAGACUUAUCUACCUAAGAGCUAUAAAUGUUAUAAUUUAUUUUUUUUUUUUACCAAGCAGGAGAGGACUGCAAUUUAUAUAUUCUAUUUAAAGUUUACUAAUUAUAAGAAAGUGUUAAUGUUAUUAUUAAUUGUUAAAUUACAUGAAAAGACUUGUUUACCUAA